AGAAACGAGAAGAACUGCAAAACACCGAUACUAUCGCGGAAAAAAACAAAAUGGAGACACAUUAAAACGCGUUACACGGAAUUUGGCUGCGAGAAAUUUGCGUUAAACGCUGUGAGCGAAUGUGUUUCACUGCGAUUAUGUCAAAGAUCGGCCAUGGGACACAAAUGACCUUACCAUAUGAAAGCAACCAGAAGACGUUCAAUUGCACACCAGUUGUAAUUAAGUUUAGUAGUUAGAACCAACAUAUAUAAUAUAUAAUUGCAAUCGAUUGGGCAAUAAAAAUAAUAUAUGAGAUAUAGAAGAGACUAAGCCAAGAGAUCGAUCUUUAGGGUUAAACGAUACUUUUGAAACAACCCCCGCCCGCGUCUAUAUCCGGGUUCCGGUCUCUGUGGUGUCUCUGGCUACACCUUUUAACCUUUCGACAACGGCCAAGCGCAGAGAGCAGCAUCAAAAUUAAGCCAAUAGACGAGCAAAUCUAAAACGCAGCGGCGUGUCGCCGGCGUCCUUCGACGCGUAACGGACAUUUCUGUGUGCGCUGCGUUUCAAAAAUCUGAUGGAUGGAAAUGCACAAAAUAUGUUUCACGGAAAUCACCAAGGAGAUCCCUAUUACCGUUACGAUGCAGCGGCAGCCGCAGCAGCAGCAGCGGCGGCUAAUCCACGGGCCAUGGGUCCGCCCGGUGGCUACCCGCCGCGUCAUCGCGCUCCCCACCCGCUACAGCAACAGCCCCAAUACCCAUCGUACCAGCCAACGGCGGAGAAUCUGUACGGGCUGGGGGCCGCCGAUCAUCAGGCAGCCAUGGGUCUGGGAGUCGGCGUUGGUGUCGGCGUCGGUGUCGGCGGCAUGGGCGAUCUAAGCGGCUGGGGGGCAGCACCGACCGGCGUACCGGGCCAGGCAGCGGCGUAUCCGGGCGCGGGUCUGGGUGCCUACGGUCAUCCGCAGGCAGCUCCACCGGCGCAGCAGCAGCGUCAGAGCAAUGCCAGCGCCUACCGGCAACACAUGCCCGCCUACGGACAACAGGAUCAACAGAAACUAGCCCCCUAUGGUGCCCAGCAGCAGGGCAUGAUGGCGGGCUAUGGAUCCCAGCAGCCACCAACGCCACAGCAGCAGCAGCAGGUGCAGGCGCAGCAGCAGGCGCAGCAAGUGCAGCAGCAGCAGGCCCAGCAACAGCAGCAGCAGAGUCAGCAGCAGGCUCGGCUGCCGCAGCAUUAUCCUCAAGCGCCAGGACAGCAUCCGCUGUAUCCUGGUGUGGGAGCACCUGCAGUCCAAGCCGGACAACCGCCCACGCCCCAGGGCUAUGCUCACAGUCCCUACGGCAGCCCCAUGCAGCACCAACCCGGCCGAGGAGCUCCGCAGCACGUGGGCUACGGGCACUCGGGCCUGGAUCCAAAUCAGGCCUCCGCCUACGGGCAACAUGUUCCAGGGGCAGCUCCUCCGGGCCACCAUCAGCAGCAGUUGGGUGCCCAUCAGCAGCAGCAACUGCAGUCGCAGCAGCAGGCGCAGCAGGUGCAGCAGCAGGCACAACAGCAGCAGCAGCCACACGUGUCACUGAUGCAGCAGCAAUUGCCGGGGGCCGGACUGCCGCCGCCGCACAUGGGCAUGCCGCCCAGCUACGGCAGCCACCACCAGCAGCAGCAGCAAGUCCAGCAGCAACAGCAGGCCCAGCAACAGCAGGUCCAGCAGCAACAGGCACAACAGCAACAGCAGCAGGCUGCUCCGCCCUACAUGUCCAAGCAGGCGGCUGUCCAGCUCAACUCCUCGCCCCAGUAUCGUGCACCCUUCCCCCAGCUCUCGCCACAAAUGUCGCCCCGCCCGCCGACCAUGUCGCCGCAUCCCCAGAUGUCCCCGCGACCGGUGGGCGUGUCGCCCGCUAAACCACCGGCCCCCCAGCAAGCGCAGGCCCAGCAGCAGCAACAGGUGCAGCAGCCUCAGCAGCCCAGCCAGCACAGCAUCCAGGGCAUGGUGGGAUUGCCGUCUCCGCGCCCCCAGCCACCUUCCGCAGCAGUUGGUGGAGCAGUGGUGGGUGCCGGGUCGAAGGUUCCAGUGCCGCCAGUAGCGGCACCUGUCAACACAUUGCAGGCCCUCGAACAAAUGGUGAUGCCCACGCAGGCUCACGGCCUACCGCCCAUGGACUACCCCUCGGCGUACAGGAGCGCUGUGGGCCCCAGGAUGCCGGCAUCACCGCAGCAACAGCAGCAGCAGCAACACCACCAGCAGUGGGGCAGCCAGCACAUGGCUGCCAUGCAGCAGCAACAGCAGGCGGCCCAACAGCAGCAGCAGCAAGCCCAGCAGCAGGCUCAGCAACAACAACAGCAGCAACAAGCGGCGCCGCAACAGCAACAGGCAGCCAUGUUGCAGGCACAACAGCAACACCACCAGCAGCAGAUGAGCAUGUACGGCCAGGCGAUGGGGCAGCAGCAGCAGCAACCCCAAGCGCCGCAACAGGUUGUACCGCCAGUGGCUGCCCAGGUGCAACCUCCGCAGCAGCAACAACAGCAGCAGCAACAGCAACAACAACAGCAGCAGCAGCAACAACACCAACAGCAGCAACAACAAUCGCUGAACGAUCAGCUGCAGCACUCCAUCAACGACAUUGUUGGGGGAGGAAGCAGCUCCGGAACCACGACCAGCAGCCAGAGCAGUCAGCAGCAGCAGCAACUGCAGCAGAGCCUGCCGAGCAUGCACCACUUGAUCCAGCCCACUCUGGAAUCCACCCAGCAGACGCAGGCUGCCCAGCAGCAGCAGCAGCAACCGCAGGCGGCGUUGACAUCGCCGCACCACCAGCAAAUGCAGCACCAGUCGCCGAUCCACCAGCAGCAGCAACAGUCCCCCCACCACCAGCAACAGCACACCUUGCCCAGCUACAACCAGUCCCAGCAGCAGUUCGAUCCAUUCGCGAACAUCCUGGGCGACAAUCAGGCUCCAGCAGCGCAACAUGUUAGCUCGCCAGCCCAUGUCAGCUCCCCGAUACCGGCCCAGAUGCAACAGCAGCAGCAGCAGCAGCAACAGAGCCAGCAGCAGCAGCAACAAGUGCCGCAAGCUCAGCAACAGCAGGCGCCAGUGCCGCAGCAGCAGCCGCCACAGCCCACAACACCGUCUCACCAUCUGAGCAGCAUCCUCAAUGAGACGGCCAACUCAAAUGAUUCCUCGACGCUGGCGGUGGCCGCCAACGACAGCAACAACAGCAGCAGCAACAGCAGCACCAACAGCAUCGUCAACAACCAGCCCACUUCGGUGCACGACAGCAACUCCCAGAGCAGCAUAAACAGCAGCAGCAACAACCAGCAGCAGCUGCUCAUGGACAACACCAACUCGCACGGCGGCAACUCCGAGAGUGCGCAGCACGUGGGCGUGGACGUGGGGCUCUUCGACAACAACUCCAUGUCCUCCAACUCGGCAGCAGUCGCUGCAGUGGCUUCUAACGCCUCGGCCGCUGCUGCCGCUCUUCUGGACAGCAACUCGCAGUCUUCGAACGCCGAGUUCGAGAAGAACCAAAGCGAAAGCGAUGGUCUGGGACUGGGAGGAGUCGUGGCCAGCGAGCCAGAGCUGCCGCAGGACGAGUCGAGUAUCUCCAAGACGCAGGAAACGAGUCUGAGUACAGAGCUACCGGCCGUUCAAGAGGAGCAGCUGGAGAAGCCAACCGACGAGGUGGAGCAGACGCAGAUCAGCCAGCCGUUGGGUGACAUGAACACUUCGCUCUCGGAGGAUGCCAAGAGCACCGACGAGGUGGGAGAGGACAAGUCCGGAGCAGUGCCUCCGAUGGAACCACCGCCACCUCAACAACAGCAACAGAUUCCCCCCCACUACCCCAUGGCACCUGGAUACGAUGGUCAGAACCAGGGCCAUAUGCCACCUAUGAUGCCUCCCUAUGGCGGAGCACCGGGCAUGUAUCCACCCUAUCCGAUGCUGCACCAGCAGGAGAUUGCUGCCCUCCAGCAGCAGAUCCAGGAGAUAUACUGCAUGCCACCGGGACACGAGCACCAGCACCAAGAGAAGCUGAUGCGGCUGCAGGAGCGACUGAAUCUCCUCCAGCAGCACGAGGUGAACGACCAGUGCGCCGGCGGUGGGCCGCAGUGUGUGCUGUUCCAGUCGAUGCCACCCAUGUACGGCAGCAACCCGCUCCACAACCAGCAGAUGGUGGAGAGUCCUCAGGUCUCCAGCACAACGGGGCGGGGACGGGGAAAGGGCGCCAACAAGCCGAGGAAGCCGCGCGCCAAGAAGGGCGAGAAAGUGGCUCAGGUGGGCCAGGACUUGAUGGACAUCAGCAGCAACGUGGUGGUGGGACAGGCCAAUGCCACCCAGAGCAUUCCCACCACCCAGCUCCCCGUAUCCGAGGACUGUGUGACCCAGGGAGCCGGCGACACCAGCGUCGUGGGCAUGCUGGAGUACAGUGAGGGCAUGGGAGACCUCUCGCAGGACGUCCAUUCCGCCAACGAGCUGGACACCUCCACCGAUGGCAGCGGCAAAAAGAAGAAGCCGCGAAAGCCACGGAUACCCAAGGAUCCCAACAAGCCGCCACGCGACCGAACGCCCAAGUCGAAGAAGCCCAAGGAUCCCAACGAUCCCAAUUCCACAGACUCGCCGGCUCCAGCCGCCAAGAAACGAGCCAGUACCAGCAAGAAGAGCAAGAAGCAGUACGGAGACGACGGCGCGGAGCAAACGGGCGAGGGCAGCGAGGUGGAGGACAACAAGCCACUGGUGCCCAAGGCGGAAUCCGCCGAUGGUGAGGCUGAGACCACUUCCGCAGUGGUUGGCGUGGACGGAGAGUCGCCGGACUACGACGACAUACCGGUUUCAAAGAUUCCGCGAAGUGCCAACGAGGAGGAGAAGGAGCCCGAGGCGGGCGAUGAGACGGUGGACUCUGUUCCAGACUCCGCUGGCGACGCUGCCUCGACGCCUAGCCGCCGAGACCGCAAGCGGUCCACCGCCAGGAGUCGCCGCAAUGCCAACUCCGAGGAAGGUGGCAGUGCGCGCAGAAAUCGCGGAUCCCUGUCCGCCAAGGCCCUGAAGAAGCGCAGGAACCGCGGCCGCAUCGUCCCCGAAUCCGAUGGCGAGGACGACACUCUGGACAGAACACCGCCUCCAUCGCCGCCACCAGACUCAGAACUGGACUCGAACAAGAGGAGAUCCUCCAGGAACACGCAGCGCAAGAAGUACAUCGACGAUGUGAUGCUACGGUUUUCCGACGACGAGAACUCCCUGCUGGUGGCCUCUCCGGUGAAAAAGGAGAAGAAAUCUUCGGCCAACGCUGCCAACUCCAAUGCCGGCAGUGAUGCGGAGAAGACCGAGCCCCAGUCCGGAGCCGAAGGAGAAGCUGGUGGCCAGGAGGCCGGCGAAGAUAAGUCCAAUAUUGGCAUUGACGAGAGCAGCCAGUUGGAGGCCAGUUCCAGCACCUCGGCAGCUGCUGCCGCCGCCGCUGAGAAGGAGCGCCAGAGCUCCACCGAUGCCGCCAACGCAGCCAUGUCCUCCAAGCCGAACUAUGUGUACAUCAACACUGGCGACGAGGACAGCAUGGUGGUGCAGUACGUCCUGGCCGUGCGGAUGGGCAAACGUGAGCUGAUCCCAGAGAAACCAAAGGAGAAGACUCCAGAGCCCAAAGAGGAGGAGAAACCGGAGGAGACUGAGAAGUCUGCCGAAGAUGAGGAGAAGCCGAAACCCGAAGGCGAAGCAGGAGAAGCCCCGGAAGGGGAAUCCAAGCCAGAGGAGAGUAAGCCCGAAACGGAAUCCUCCGCCAUGGAGGUGGACAAGGAGGAAACUCCAGCAGAGAAUGAAAAGCCAGAAGAGGCCCCCGCCUCACCCAAGAAGGAGGAGGAGAUGGAGGUGGAUGAGCCGGCUGAGAAGGAAACUAAACCGGAGGAGCAAGCUGAAGAUGAAAAGACUGAGGAGAAAUCAGAGACCAAUGAAGAGGAGAAAUCUUCCGAUGUAGAAACUGCCGAGGAGGCCAAGGAGACUGAGGCCUCCGAGGAGAAAAUGGAGGUGGACGAAACCCCGGCCUCUCCCAAGGCGAAGGAGGAGUCUACCAGCGAAGAGAAGUCUUCCGAAGAAACGGAGGACGAGAAAAAGGACAAGGAUGGCUCCGAAAAGGAAGAGGAAAAGGAAGAACCCAAGGAGGGCGAGGAAACCGAGAAGAAGGAGGAGGCCGAGAAGGAAAACAAGCCCGAGCCCGUCUACAUCGAUGUGGAGGAGUACUUUGUGAAGUAUCGCAACUUCAGCUACCUCCACUGCGAGUGGAGGACGGAGGAGGAGCUCCUCAAGGGAGACCGUCGGGUGGCCGCCAAGAUUCGUCGCUUCCAGCAGAAGCAGUCGCAGCAGCUGAACAUCUUCGAGAACAUCGAGGAGGAGCCCUUCAAUCCCGACUUUACUGAGGUGGAUCGCGUGCUGGACAUGUCCGUGCACACGGACGAGAACAGUGGCGAGACCACCAAGCACUACCUGGUCAAGUGGAAGUCCCUGCCCUACGAGGACUGCACCUGGGAGCUGGAGGAGGAUGUCGACAACGACAAGAUCGAGCAGUAUCUGCGCUUCAACAAGAUCCCCAUGCGCUGCGAGUGGAAGAGCAAGAAGCGUCCGCAUCCGGAGCAGUGGAAGAAGCUGGAGAAGACCCCCGUCUACAAGGCAGGGAACAGCCUGCGACCCUACCAGCUGGAGGGUCUGAACUGGUUGAAGUUCUCCUGGUACAACACGCACAACUGCAUCCUAGCCGACGAAAUGGGUCUCGGCAAGACCAUCCAGAGUUUGACGUUCGUCCACUCGGUGUACGAGUACGGCAUCAGAGGACCCUUCCUGGUCAUAGCCCCGCUGUCCACCAUUCCCAACUGGCAGCGCGAGUUCGAGGGCUGGACCGACAUGAACGUGGUGGUGUACCACGGCUCGGUGACCAGCAAACAGAUGAUCCAGGACUACGAGUUCUACUACAAGACGGAGACGGGCAAGGUCCUCAAGGAGCCCAUCAAGUUCAAUGUUCUGAUCACCACUUUCGAGAUGAUCGUGACGGACUACAUGGACCUGAAGGCCUUCAACUGGCGCCUCUGCGUCAUCGACGAGGCCCAUCGUCUCAAGAACCGGAACUGCAAGCUGCUGGAGGGCCUGCGACAGUUGAACUUGGAGCACCGAGUCCUCCUGUCGGGAACGCCCCUGCAGAACAACAUCAGCGAGCUGUUCUCGCUGCUGAAUUUCCUGGAGCCCUCGCAGUUCUCCUCGCAGGAGGAGUUCAUGUCCGAGUUCGGAAGUCUCCGCACCGAGGAGGAGGUCAACAAGCUGCAGGCGCUCCUGAAGCCCAUGAUGCUGCGUCGUCUGAAGGACGAUGUGGAGAAGAGUCUGGCCCCCAAGGAAGAAACCAUUAUCGAGGUGGAGCUGACCAACAUUCAGAAGAAGUACUACCGCGGCAUCCUGGAGCAGAACUUCAGUUUCCUGAAGAAGGGCACCACCUCCGCCAACAUCCCGAACCUGAUGAACACCAUGAUGGAGCUGAGAAAGUGCUGCAUCCAUCCCUAUCUCCUCAACGGAGCCGAGGAGCAGAUCCAGUACGAUUUCAAGUCGCAGCACGGCGAGGAUCCGGAGUCCUACUACAAGAACCUGAUCCUCUCGGCCGGAAAAAUGGUCCUGAUUGACAAGCUGCUUCCCAAGCUGAAGGCCAACGGACACCGGGUGCUCAUCUUCAGUCAGAUGGUCAGGUGCCUGGACAUCCUGGAGGACUAUCUGGUGUACCGGAAGUAUCCCUUCGAGCGAAUCGACGGUCGUAUUCGCGGAAACUUGCGCCAGGAGGCCAUUGAUCGGUACUCCAAGCCGGGAUCGGACCGAUUCGUGUUCCUUCUUUGCACGAAGGCUGGAGGAUUGGGCAUCAACUUGACGGCUGCCGACACGGUCAUCAUCUACGACUCCGACUGGAAUCCCCAGAACGAUCUGCAGGCCCAGGCCCGAUGCCAUCGUAUCGGCCAGCGGAAAAUGGUCAAGAUCUACCGACUGCUCUGCAGGAACACCUACGAACGCGAGAUGUUCGACAAGGCCUCCAUGAAGCUCGGUCUCGACAAGGCGGUGCUGCAGUCGAUGAACACCCAGGGCUCCAAGGACGGCAACAACAAGCAGCUGUCCAAGAAGGAGAUCGAGGACCUGCUCAAGAAGGGCGCCUACGGAGCUGUCAUGGACGAUGACAACGCCGGCGACAAGUUCUGCGAAGAGGACAUCGAUUCCAUCCUCAAGCGUCGCACCCAGGUCAUCACCAUGGAGUCGGAGAAGGGAUCCACCUUCUCGAAGGCCUCCUUUGCCGCCUCCGGCAACCGUUCGGACAUCACCAUAGAUGACCCCGACUUCUGGACCAAGUGGGCCAAGAAGGUGGACAUCGAUCCCGAUGCCUGCGAGCGGGAUGAAACCGAGGAUCUGGUCCUAUCCGAGCCGAGAAGGCGCACCCAGAUCAAGCGCUACGGCCAUGAGGAUGUCAUGGAAAUCAACUCGGAGGACUCCUCCAACGAAAACAGCGAUGAAGAGGGAGGAAUAGGUCUCCGUUCCCGUCGCCGCAAGGAGAAGCGAGAUCGCAAUCGCGAGAAGAAGGGCCACGAUGAGUACAUUCCACGAGAACGCGAUGCCCUGGCCGCUCUGGGACUGGAGGAGAUCCAGUAUGGCAACUGGGCCAAGUCUGAGUGCUUCAAGGUGGAGAAGGGACUGCUAUCCUUUGGAUGGGGUCGUUGGUCGGAGCUCCUGGAGUUGGGACAAUUCAAGCGUGGCUGGCGCGAUAUCGACAUCGAGGACUGUGCCCGCAUUAUCCUGCUAUAUUGCCUGCAAGUGUACAAGGGCGACGAGAAGAUCAAGACGUUCAUCUGGGACCUGAUAACGCCCACCGAGGACGGGGAGGUGCAGAAGAUCAGCAGGGAUCAUAGUGGCCUACACAACUUGGUGCCACGAGGUAGGAACGCCAAAGGACGUAAUGGUGGCAAGUCGAACAAGGAUUCGACUGGUCCUGGCACCGCAUCGGGUAGCAAUAGUGGCAACACCACACCCGCCCACAAGUCCAGCGCCCUGGAUGGCUCCGAUAAGGAUGGCGGGAUCAGUGCCAGCGCCGUGGCCGCAGCAGUCACCAAUCCGACCAGCAUCCAUGAUCCGAAUCACUGGAGCAAGAAGGAGAAGUACGAUGCGGACGCGUACUUGGAGGGCGCCUACAAGAAGCACUUGGGCAGACACGCGAAUAAAGUUCUGCUGCGGGUGAGGAUGCUGUACUACAUCCAGCACGAGGUCAUUGGGGAUCUGGUUCAGCAGAUCAAGGACAACACGCCCAUCAGCGAGCUCCCCAUUCGCCCGCCGCCAACGCCAGAUCAAGUGCCAUCCUCAUGGUGGAAUCCCAUUUGUUGUGAUAAGAGUCUGUUGGUCGGAACCUACAAGCACGGCUGCGAAAUGUAUCGUCAGAUGCGCGCCGAUCCCAAUCUGUGCUUUGUAACCCAUGUGGGCGCCGGUGCCGGUGACGAUCUGGCCGUCACGAAUUUGCCGAUAAACGAAGAUGACGCAAAUUCAAAGCAUGACGAUGGCGAUGAGGUGGACGACGACGGCACCACCACCACCAAAGACUCGGACUCCACUAAACUGACUGGGGGCGAUAACAAGGACUCGCUCCUCGACCCGGAGCGCCCCAGUUCGUCGGGUAAGAGUUCCAACAGCGAAUGUGCAACCAACAGCGACAAAAAUCAACCCAAAGCUGGAUCCAACGAGAUGCUGCCAUCCGAAUCCUCAUCCAAAUCCAAAGCCAAUCCAUCGCCGGGCAAUGGCAGUGAUGUUGAUGCCUCCCAGCAGGACGCAUCAUCAGACAAAGCUCCAGAAUCGGCAGAUACCUCAGAACCAGAACCAACCGAUGCAGCAGUCUCAGUCUCAGCCUCUGGCUCCGGAGAUCCGGCCGACUCCUCCGGUUCGCCGGGUGAGGUCGAUGGAGAUGGCCAGGAGGCGGAGGCCAAGACUGGUGCCUCCAAUGAAUCGGACAACGAAUCGGAGCAAAAUCAAAAAGCAAAAGAAACCAAAAAGGACCAAAAAGAUAGCAAGGAGCCAACUGCUGGUGCUGCUCCUGCUGGGGAAACCAAGACAGACGACGCUGCCAUUGCUCGGGCCGAGGAGGAUAAAGCGGAAUCAUGCACUAACAAUGCCACCACAAACAUCACUACUACUACCACUACCAUUACCAAUACCACCACCAAUACCACCACCACCACCAAUACCACCACUACCACCAAUAAUCCAUCAUCCAAAGCGGCUAAUUUAAAAGGCCAAACCAACUCGACCGACAAUGCUAACUCCAACUCAAAUUUAGGCUUGGACGAAGAGGAGAGCGUGGCCGGCAGCUACCCGCCCACCGUGGCGGCCGUCGAGGAUGCCACCACCAUGUGGCCGUCGAUGCAGGACCUCAACACGCGACUCCGACGAGUGAUCACCGCCUACCAGAGGAACUACAAGAAGGAGGAGCUCAAGCAACAGCAGAAGGCCAAGCUCCAGGCACUGGUAUCAUCGACACCGCCGCUGUCCGUGCCCACCACACCCACGUUGCAGUCCAUGCAGAUGCAGCUGCAGAGCGGCACAGGCGGUGCCGGCUCGUCCGGCCCAUCCGGCCAACUGGAUCCCACCGGUCGCAGUCUCCAGGCCCUGAUGCAAUCGCAGGGUGCUAGCACUUCGGCCGCCGCUGCUGCGGCUGCGGCAGCUGCCGGUGGAUCUGGCAGCACGUCCGGACAGAGUCAACAGGGUGCGGGUGGAUCCGUUUCUGUGACCGGGUCGGGAAUGCCGGCCAUGCCCACGGCCGCCGACAUCAGCCUGAUGCUCAGCAUCCUCAACACCACCGACGUCAAUCAGCUGGCCCAGUUGGACAUCAACAAGCUGGCCAUGUACCUGGUCAGCAUGAACAAUAAAAUGGAGCGGCAGGGCAAGAUGGAGCUGGCCGCCAAAGAGCGUGAGUCCCAACGCCUGCAGCUCAUCCCCAAGAAGUGGAACCGGCGCGAGGAAUACGAAUUCCUGCGAGUCCUCACCGGCUAUGGAGUGGACUUGCACCUCUCCACGCCCAUGGGUGCCAACAAUGCCAGCACCCUCACCCCAGACUGGACCAAGUUCAAGCAAAUGGCUCAUCUGGAGCGAAAGAGCGACGAAACACUGACAGACUACUACAAGGUCUUUGUGACCAUGUGCAAGCGCCAAGCGGGCCUCAAACUGGCCGAAUCCGAGCGGGGACUGGAGGGCAUUAUCGAGGAGAUCGAGAAGGAGCACGCCAAGCUGAUACUGGAUCGGUUGGAGCUGCUGUCGAAGCUACGCGAGGUGGCCCGCAACCCGCAGCUGGAGGACAGGCUCAAGCUCUGCACCAUGAAUGCCGACACACCGGACUGGUGGGAGCCGGGUCGCCACGACAAGGAACUUAUAACGGCUGUACUUAAGCACGGUCUCUACCGCUCCGAGACCUUCAUCUUCAACGACCCGAACUUUAGUUUCGGGGAGUCGGAGAAGCGAUUCAUCCGGGAACUGGAGGCCCAAAUCCAGCGCACUAUCAAGCUCGAGGCUUUCAAUGCCGAAAAGGCCGAGAAACUGGCAGCUGCCGAGAAAGCAGCCGCCGCUGAGAAGGCCGCAUCAGAGAAAGCCGUCAAGAACGAGGUGAUAGAUCUGGAUGACGAGCUAAUGACCGACGAAAGUGUCAUCAAGAAGGAGGGCACGCCCGUCAAGGAGGAAGUCAAGGCCGAGGAGAGCGCCGAAAAGAAGGAGGCUGCCAGUCCAGAACCGAAGACGUCGGAGGAGGACGAACCCGCCAAGGCUGAGGCUGAGACGGAAGUGAAGGACGAUGCUGUCAAGGCUGAGGAUUCCGAAAAGGAAACUGAACCAGAAGCUAUCGCGGCUGAGAAGGAGAAGUCGCCAGCUGAGGCUGAAAAGGAUGCUUCCGAGACCGAAGAAUCCAAGGCUAGUGAGGAGAAGAUGGAGGUCGAAGAGCCAGCCAUCAUCCCAGCCGAAAAUGGCCAAGAGAAGGCUGAGGUCACCGCUGAAGCCUCUCCUGAGAAGACCCCCGAACCAGAGGAGAAGAAAUCCCCCGAAGACAAUGAGAAAUCGGAGGAAGCUGAGGAAGAAUCCACCAAAAUGGAAGUGGAGGAAUCGCCCAAAACAGACGUUGAAGAGAAGACUCCAGAGAAGUCGGAACCCGAUACCAAGGAAUCUGAGGAUAAGGCAGUGGCCAAGCCAGAGGAUGAAAAGCCAGAAGAGUCCAAGGAGGAAUCCAAGGAGAAGUCCGAGGACAUCGACAAGGAGGAGAAAAAGGCAACUGCUGAAGUUGCUGAAACCCCCGAGAAGGCUUCUGCUGCGUCAGAAACCGAGACGGCUGCCAAGAAGCCAGCUGGGGAUCAAGAGAUCCUUGACCUGGUGGCCGGACCCACAGAUCCCGACGAUGACGAGGUCAUGAAGGAGAAGGAGAAGGCCGUGGAGGAGGAGUGCAAGAAGCAAGCUGCUGAGCUGAAGGCCCGUUUCCCCGACCUGGAAGUCAUCCAGCCGGCGACGGUGAAGCAACAGAAACUGGAAAAGCCCAAGCUGGAGAUGUGCAUGAUCCGCUGGUUCAAGGACUUUGCCCUGGAACGCCGCAUCGCGCACAUUGUGGCCUGCGUGGAGUCCGGCAAGUGGCCGGUCGACAGCAAGUACAGUGCCUUUGCCAGCUGCAAGGGAGUCACCGAUCUGAGCAUCGCUCUCCACGAAUCCAUUCCGCACCUGAGCAGCUUGGACCGCCGCUCCACCACACCCGACGUGAUCACCAUCACUACGGACCAGGGUGUGACGAAACACCUGCAGGCAUCGCAGAUGCAGCAAGUGGCCAGUUCGGCGGCCGCUGCCUCCGGCUCGACUGGACUGUCCCAGUCCAUGGGCCAGUCCAAGCCCGUGAGUGCUCCCACUCUACCAGGAUUGGAUGCGAAUAGCAUCAAUGCUGCGGUGGCCGCUGCUGUGGCGGCUGCGGCAGCCGGUGGUAACGCCACCUCGCUGUCCAGCCUGCUGCCCGGGAUGUCGCUAAGUGCGGCAACGGGCGCCUCGGCUGGCGGAGUGGGUGGCCUCAAUGUGCCCAGUGCCGGUUCCGGGCAGGGCAAGAAGCGCAAGCGUCACAUUGCCAUCGACGUGGAGACGGAGAGGGCCAAGCUACACGCCCUCCUCAACAGCUCGACAAUGGCUCCCAAAGACUGGGAAAGCGAGAUAGCCAACAUGGAGGCCCUGACUGGUGGGUCAUCCGGCCGGGGACGUGGAAGUGGCUCGUCGGCAGCCCUGAGUGGCAUGCAACCGCCGCCCGCUCACCAGCACGCCGCGCUGUCGCGCCAAUCUUCCGGCCAGUUCAGCAAGCCAGCUGUUCCGGCCCUGAAAACUCCACCACCCUCAAUGGGCGCACCCAUGGACUUGUCCUCAAGCUUGCCCAAGAUGAACAUGACGGAGAUGCUCAAGUCGGCCUCCAAUGCCGUGGCCAUCGACCUGAGUGAGGUGCAGGACUUCUCCAUGCCCUCCAAGAAGUCUAGCGUGCAUGCGGCGCUCAGCUCAGCCUUCCCCUCGAUGGGCAGCAAGAGCAAACUGGACGACACGCUCAACAAGCUAAUGAAGAAGAAUAAUUGCACCAUUGAAGAGCCUGUGAUUGGCAAGGAGAAGAAACGCAAGAAGCUGGAUGAGAUUGUGUUAGGUCUGUCAGCGGCCAAAGAGCAGAAGACCUUCCCAGAUCCAUCGUUGCCGUCGUCGAAGAAGCCACAGAUACCGCCCAGCGUAUCGGUGACGCCGGCCAAUCUGCAGUCGUCGUCUAGCCAGCAGCAGUCCAACCAGAAACCCUUCACCAUCACUGUAACCACAGUGCCCGGAAAAUCCAAGGGCGCCUCGUCCAGCGGCGGAUCCGGCGCCGGAGGAAGCUCAUCGGCCAGCGGCGGAGGAGCUGCCGGCGGCAGCGGCCUGAGCGCCCUGCAGAACAUGGCCAUGGGCGGACUGUCGUCGAAGGACAGCCUGAACGCACUCCUGGCCCAAACGAUGGCCACCGAUCCCCAGACCUUCCUCAAGCAACAACAGAAGAUGAUGCAGUUCCUGCCACCAGCCCAGCGGAAGGCCUACGAGAACAUGCUGGCCGAAAUGGAGCAGGCCAUGAAGCUGAGCUCCAAGUACUCGGCCAAUUCCCCGCACGACGUCAAGGUCAACAAGUGGCUAUCCGACAUGACCAGCCCAUUGGGCGAUCAGCUGAGCAUUGACUACGUCGGAGGCGGAGGAGCAGGAUCCGGCAGUGCCAACAGCCGGCGCUCCAACCGACAGCAGAGCAGCUCCUCCCAGCAGUCCUCCAGUGCCGCUCAGCUGCAGAAACAACAGCAACAGCAGCAGCAACAACAACAGCAGCAGCAACAGCAACAACAACAGCAGUCGAUGGCUGGCCCCCAGAAUCUCACUGGAGAGGAACCCGUGCCGGUGAUCAACAAGCAGACCGGCAAGCGUCUCGGCGGCAACAAGGCUCCGCAGCUCAAGCGACUGAUGCAAUGGCUCACGGAGAAUCCCAACUAUGAGGUGGAUCCCAAGUGGCUGGAGCAGAUGCAGAAUCCGAUGUCGGCACCCUCGCCCAAGCCCAGCUCAAUGGAUAGCAGUUACGGCUCAUCGGCGGUCAAGUCGCACGGUGGGCGACCAUCCUCCAACUCCAGCAACGCCUCAUCCUCGUCCCACACCCAGCAGCAACAGCAGAACGCCGCGCAGUCCCCAGCCGGUAACUCUGGCAGCUCCAAGAAGUCAUCCCGCCAGCAAUCGGCUGCGGCAGCCGCAUUGGAUCAGGCUGCCCUGCAGUUCGGCUCUCUGGCAGGUCUGAAUCCCAAUCUUCUGGCCAACCUGCCCGGACUGGGAGCAUUCGAUCCAAAGAAUCCACUGGCUGCCUUUGAUCCGAAGAAUCCGCUGCUUUCGAUGCCGUUUGGCGGAAUGCCCGGAAUGACAAACAUACCGGGAUUGGGUAACCUGAACAACAUGAAUCUGUUUGCCAGCCUGGCAGGCAUGGGAGGAUUGGGCAACCUGGCGGGUAUGGACACCCAGUCGCUGGCUGCGCUUAUGGCGGCUGCCGGGCCUUCUCUCGGAGGGUUGACGGGCAGUUCCGGAGCGACCGGAUCCGGCAAGAAUCAAGGGCAGUCUGGUGGCGGCUCCUCGAACUCCUCGUCCUCAUCGGCGAGCAAGAAGAAGCAGCAGCAGCAACAGGCGCAACAACAGGCCCAGAACGAAGCCGCUCAGCUGGCGGCGGCCCUCAGCGCGAGCAGCGGAGGAUCUGGAGGUGGAUCGUCGGGAGGCGCCGGAGGAAAGAACUCUGCUCCUUCGGCUUCCCAACUGGCGGCAGGCUUCCCCUUCCUGUUCCCGAAUCCGUCGCUUCUGUACCCACCCAUGGGACUGGGCGGCUUGAAUCCGUACUCCCUGGGAUCCAGCGGCCUGGGCUCCGCCUACGACCAGCUGGCCCAGCAGUACAACCUGCUAAACGGAGCCACUUCCUCUGCCUCGAACACGAGUUCCACACAAUCAAAAUCGCACCAGUCGCAGUCCAAGUCCAGCCAGGCCAGGAAUGCCUCGGCAGCUGCCAACUCGGCGGCAAGCCUGAUGAAUGCCAUGGCCAGCAUGGGAGGAGCCAGCACAGUGACCACACCGUCUACAUCGUCUGCCUCGGGAUCUGGUCGGGGCAGGCAGUCGAGUGGCAGGAGUCAACCACAAGUCACGCCCACGGCAGCGGACAUGGCCCAACUGAGCAGCCUGCUCAUGCCAGGAGCGGAUCCGCUUCUGCUGGAGUCCCUCAGCCGAAUGAGCAAUAUGGAUUUGGCGCAGGCCACCAGAUUGAUGAGCUCCUUGGGAAUGCCACCGCUGCCGGGAACCUCCAGCUCGGCGUCCGGUGGUGGCGGUGGCGGCAGUACCUCCUCCAGCAGCACCAGCAAGCGAAGCAGCAGCCAGAGUGCCAACGACCAAGCCAAGGAACACCAAAAGUGGCUUGAGAGUCUGGCCCGAGGAGCCCUGCCCACGGAUCUGGCCGCUCUGCAGGCCUUCUCGCAGGGCAAAAUGCCGUCCACAUCGUCCUCGAACACGGCCACCUCGCAGUCGUCCUCCAGCAAGAGCGCCAAGUCGUCGGCAGCCGCGGCGGCAGCAGCAGCAGCGGCAGCCCAACUGCCUCAGAUACCGGGCAUGACCAGUGAUUUCUCGCAGGCCUUCUUGGCCGAAAUGGCUGCCCAGGCAAUGGCGGCCGCUGGAGGAUCCCUGCCACUAAGCGGACCCGGAUCCCUGGCCAGCUUGGCCGGCUUAACGGGCGGAUCUGCUGGUGGCUCGAGCGGAGGUGGCAGCGGCGGCGGAAGCUCCUCAGGUAACAGCAGUUCAUCGAAGCGUCAGCGUGAACAGGAUGCCUUCAAGCAACAAAUGGACUACUACACCAAAACUUUGGGCCUGGGAUCGGGAAUUUCACUGAUUCCCACAUCGGCUGGCGGAUCAUCUUCCUCUUCGGUGGCAGCAGCCUAUGCUGCAGCCCUGGACGCAGAGCACCAGCAACAACAGCAGAAAUCGAAGCGUUCGCGCAGCGAAAUCCAUCCAACAAAAGAGGAGCUGGCGGCAGCCGCCCUGGCAGCUGGACUACCCCUGAAUCUGGGGGCCAGCAUGAGCAGCAUCGAGAAGAGCUUGAGAGGCGGAAGCAGCUCAAGCAGCAGUUCCACGCCAGCGCCCAUGUCCGCGGAACAGGAUAAGGUUACGCUGACACCUCUAAAUGCCUCCGGAUCGGGAUCAGGUUCAGGAUCUGCAUCCGGAUCGGGAUCAGCAGCUGCCGCCGGCUUGGCGGCCAACCUGCCGAGUCAGACCACCAUCACCAUUGCCCCACCGAUCAGCAGUGGGGCCAGCACGAGCAGUGAGCGUUCGGAGCGCUCCGAGUCGCGCAUAUCGCUGACCAUCACCAAUGCAGCGGACGCGGCGAAACUGCCCCCACCGUACGAGGAGGCCGACGAGCUCAUCAUACAGCCCAUUCUCAAGAAGCCGGCGACAUCCGGCAAUCCCGGCAGCAGUCACGGCGGCAGCGUUGAGGACUUGGACACGGCAGGAAAUACUUCGGCAGCCAACCUGAGCGGUGGUUCCUCUUCCAGUUCCUCCGCUGCGGCGGCGGCGGCAGCUGCUGCUGCAGCCGAGGAGAAUCGUCGCUCCUCCAACAGGCUGAAGCGUCCGAGAUCCGGAAACGAACAGGGUAGCGUUUCCGCAGAUGGCCAGCCACCCGAGAAACGGCGAGAGCUGAGAUCCACGCGGCACACGCGCUCCUCGGCGGAUGCCAACAGCCUGAAUCUCUCGGCGGGAAGCGAAUCCGGAGCGGAGGAUCGGAAUGAAUGAGUAUUGCGCAGAUCCGAGCGACAGCGCUAGCAGGAUGACACGGCUCCUCCUCCACCUACGAAAGGCCGGAGAGCAGGAUGUGGAACUGGAGGAGCCAACACCAAACAGGCACCACACCAACAAGAGCAACAUCAACCAGAACCCAAGCAGAAGCAGAGAAUCAAGAGCAAGAAGACGACGACGAUGAGCAAACAGAUGCAGACGAGGUCGAGGCGAAAAUUAAAUGCUAGGCUAACUGUUACCACUAGAUCCCUUAAGCUUAAAGUUGUGUAAAUGAUAAGAGCAUAUAUAAACUAUAUAUAGAGGUUAGGAGCGGAUCCAGGGGCAGGGGGAUGUGGCGAUUGGCAAUCACCGUGAUGCCUCCGGUCAACAGACACUGCUGCAAACCGUCUGGCGGUCGGGGGCUGAAGCUCUGACUCCAAUUGACCUAAUCGAGUUCCAACUGCUGCAUAACUGGAACCGGAUUAGGUAUUCACAUCCAGCCACACCCUGGUGCUGCUUAAAUAUUCAUACAGUUACGGAACAUGAUUAAAAAGCGCUUAUAAUUUAAUUGUAACGAGAGAAGCGAAUGCUGCUGCAUAAAGAUUAUCCGUUUAAAUUAUUGCAACCACACACACACACACACACACACAUAAUUUAUAAGCGACUAUAUAGAACACACACACACACACACUAUACAGAACAGGCACACAUAAUUAUAAUUAUAAUUGAGAAAAAGAGACACAGAUACUUGGGUUUCCUGCGCUGUCCUCACACACAUGCAAUUGUCUCUAUAUACGAUACCUGUACAUAAUUUAUCACCUAUGACCUAUGACCCCCCCAGAAAUGGCUCUCGCAUUGCUUAAACAUUUUAAAUAUCGUAAGACACCGUGUACUCUCAUGCCGAAUCAUUCAAUCCACGAUCCACCACCCAACCCAACCCCCCUCACUAUGUUGUAUUGUAUACUGUACUCUCUACUCUUUGUGUGUAAUUUUUUAAUGAUUUUAAUUUUGUAAUUAGUGAAAGGAAUGGAAUGGAAUGGAAUGGAAUGGAGCAAGGACGAAGUGGAUCGGAUUGGAGCAUUCCACAAUGAGAAGCUUCGUUCGGGCGUAGAUUUUAAUUUUUUGUAAUUGUAAUUUGUAUUUGUAUGUUUUUUUAAAAACGCAUCUUUGUGUAACCCAACAAAAAACAUAAAACUAAAAAAAAAAUAUGAUUAAUGAAAUGAAUACCAACACACACACACACCACCCCCCCCUUUAAGCAGACCAGGCGCCGCGCAACUAACGAAAGAAAAAUGUUUAUUGAAAAAUAGAAUUUUUUAAUUAAAUCAAUUUUAAUGUAAUUGAAACAAAAAAAAAAACAAGGAGAGUGUGAAACUUGCACGUUUGAUAAGGUAUGAGCGGUAAUUAGCGCAUAAUGCAUAGUUACUCGGAUGGGUAUACCAAUUAUGGAUCUAUUUUGUUCGCUCUUUACGAAACGAUUAAUUCUGAAAAGUAAACAAAAAAAAACAAAAAUGAAAGAAACGCAAAAACAAGCAACCAACAUAUAUUGCAUACUUAAAUUUUAAGUAAAAAUCUUAAUUAAAAUUAUAAUAUAACUGCAGAACAACAAAAAGCAACAACAACCAGAAGAAGCAACUACAGCAACAAGUAACAACCAAGCAUCAACUACUGAUAUUGAUGAUAAAUAAACAUAAAAAAUAAAUUUCAAAAAUUA